GUCGCGGUUGUAUAUAGCGUUUAUGUUGCGUGUAAACUUUGAAGAAAUUCGCUCAGUUUUAAUUGCUCUCUUGUAUUUGAAGAAAAAUUGACAGUUGAUAAGAUACGGUAUCGUUCGCAAUUGUACAUGCGCCCGCGCAGUGUGGAACAGGGAGUUGGUCGCGAUGGACACGGGAGCAGAGUUGGAGAAAAUAAACGCGACCCACGAGAACAAAGAUGAACCGCAGCACACAUAUUUCAGAAGACAGGCCUUCAUCGCAAUGGGCCCGUUUCUGCUCUCUGUUGGCGCUGGGGCGACUUCAGGAUUCUCUGCCAUCUUGAUUCCGCAAUUGCAGCACAAUAAAGGAGGAAUAAAAUACUCAACAGAGAUGAUAUCUUGGCUUGCCGCGAUGGCGUCACUGGCGCUGCUGUUCGGCAACAUGAUAUCCGGCUACCUGAUGGAGAGGUUCGGGAGACGAGCCUCGCAGAUCCUGCUCUCCGUGUUCUACAUCGCCGGGUGGACGAUCAUCGGGUUCGCUGGAAACGUCUACAUGAUAUUAGUGGGAAGAUUCAUCACCGGCUUCUGCCAGGGCUGGCUCGGCCCGCUCGGUCCAGUCUUCGUCGGCGAAAUAAGCUCGCCGGCCUACCGCGGACUUUUUUUGGCAGCCCUCUCCUUAUGUAUCGCAUCCGGCGUCUUCAUUUCGCAUUUGUUCGGAACGUUCAUGCACUGGAAGUACGCCUCGUUCCUGUGCGGAGUGUUCCCGCUGGUCGCGUGUAUAAUAAUGUACUUCGCUCCCGAGUCGCCGGCCUGGUUGGCGUCCAAGAACGAGACGGAUAGAUGCAUAGAGUCGUUCAAAUGGUACAGAGGGACCAGUCCGGCUAUGAAGACGGAAUUGGAAAAAAUGCUUGCAGAACAGAGUAAGAAAGUGCAGUCCAAGAGCAAGCUGAAGGCUCUAUCGAUGAAUAUUAAAAAACCCGAGUUUUGGAAACCUUUGGGUAUAAUGAUAGUCUUCUUUAUAAUAUGCCAACUAUCGGGCGUGAAUGUAGUGAGUGCGUACACCACGGACAUAAUGGAGGUGAUUCUCGGCAGCAAAGUGAAAAAGUACACGUACUCUGCCAUGUUGGCUAUAGACGUCCUCCGGGUGGUCGCGCUAGUCAUCGCCUGCAUCAUGCUGCGACGAAGGGGUCGAAGACCGAUGGCGAUAUUCAGCGGAGUCCUCACGACGUUAUCGCUAAUGAUACUAGCGUCGUACUUGUAUCUAAUAGAGAUUAAAAUAAUAAAACAUAUCUCACCCAUAUUAUCGUUGGCCUUGAUAGCGGUGUACGUAGUAGUAUCGAAUGUCGGUAUAUCGUUGCUACCUUGGAAUAUGGUAGGUGAGUUGUUCGCUUCGGAAACCAAAGGCUUAGGAUCGGGGAUAAGUGUCAUGACCACGUCGAUAGCUUUCUUCGCGACGAUCAAGACGGCCCCGGCGAUGUUCGAAUCUAUCGGUCACCAUGGUGCCUAUCUAUUUUAUGGAAUAUCCACUUUGUUAGGGACGAUAUUUUUGUAUUUAUAUCUACCUGAAACGAAAGGAAAGACGUUGCUGCAGAUAGCUGAACACUUUAGAUAUGGGAAUCAACCGAGAGCUAAAGACUCAAAAGAAGAGGAAAAGCUCAAUGAAACGGUUUGAUGGAAGCGAUGGCUAGAAAUGGUUAUUAAUGUGAUUUGUUUGUGACAUAGUAGUGAUGUCUAAAUUAAACUGUGGUUGAUAUUAUAGUACUAAAUUGCUUCUUAGCAAGUUUAUUAGUGAAAUAACAAAUGCCAUUUUACUUUAGGUGAUUUUGAAAGCGAAGAUGUGCGCUUGUUUGUUGAGUCAUAAGCUCGUGAAAAUAUUAUUAUGAUGUGACUUAGUAACACGACUGUUUCACUUUAAAAUUGUUGAUAAUAAAGACUUUAAAAUGAUGAAAUAUUCAAAUGAAACUAAUUGUAAAUAUUUGUUCAAGACACUUUGAUUAUGUAAAGACUAAUGACAUAUCAGACUGAUAAGAGAUUCACACAAAAUAUGUUGUAUUCAUUUAUACUAGUGAUACUGAUAUCUAUUUAUUAGAAAAUAUUUAAAUAAAUAAAGAGACAUAAAGGAAGUGACUGUUAAAUAUCUAGAAACCUUAGGAUUACAAAUUGUAGUAAUGAGUGCCCAGUAUUAUGCCUAGGAUCGUAUGUAGGCAUAGGCACAAUCUUAUGAGUGACUUUGAAAUUAUUAUACUCUAAUCUUAAUAGGUUAGUGUAGAUAUAUACUGAUAACAACAAAUUGUAAUAGAAUGCGAUAAUUUUAAACUAAUUAUAACUUUGUAAUUAGUUUGCUUUAACCAUCAGUUUCUAUUGAUAAAAGUAAGAUUAUUUUUAGUUAAGAUAUUAUUAGACAAUAACACUUAAUAAAAUAUUUGUUCAACAAGUCAAUACGAAGAUACAGAUGUAUGAGUAGUAUAAUUUAAUUAAUAAUAUUAUUCCAGUUUUCAGUAUGUGUUCAGUAGAUUGUAAUAGUCUUAACUUUCUCAUUAGUUAAAGUACCUUAUUUAUAGUAAAAUACGAAGCUUAUUUACAAGUUAGCGAAAGGUCCUAGUGUAAAGUAAUAACUAUAGUCAUUUGUAUUGGCUCUAACUUUACAGUUUACAGUUUACACUUAGCAAUGGGGAAUUGGCGAUGACAGCAAAAUAUCUAAAUUGAUAAAUAUAAACUUUCCGCUAAUCCCUAGCGUCACUGGUGCUCCUGAUAAACUUAACACGAAUUCACUGUAAUGACAUAACUAGGCCCUUCACCAAAUGGCACAUGUAUACAGUAGCGUCUCGGGUCGUUGGUUUCUUGAUAGAGUCGUAAAAACUUACGGCGUUUUCACAGCACGUUAGAGACGGACAAGUGGCACGCGACGAACAGACAAACAAACCUUCCUGUUAUGACACGUGCAGUUGACCCGAAUAUUCGCAUCUGCACUACAUUUUUUCAACCCCUUUUUUCACCCCCAAAAGGAAUUCCCACGACGAGCUCGCGAGUGGCAAAAAAUCAGGAAGACAUCUGUGGUGUAUUGGUUAUAUUUAGAAGGUGCUUAAAGUGGAGCACACCAGUAUGAAAAUGUGGGUUGACUUUUGAUGCAGUUGUUUUUACAUUUUUCCAAGGGCGAGCGGUGGCUUUUAUUAUUAUUUUACAAGUCGAUCAUCAUAGAGUUAGAACAAUAUAAUGAAUGGGCGGUCAGGGAAACUGAAUAUUAUUCAGUCGCUAUAAUUAUGAUAUUAUUGUUAUUUAAAACCAACUGGUUAAGCGACUUUGUAGGCGGAAUAUAAAAUUUCACAGGCACUAUGCAUUUUCACCCAAACAUUAUAUGUAUUACGUACUUUCUCGUGGUUCACUAUAAUACAGAAAUGGUUACUCAAAACUGAUAAUAAAUAAUAAUAAAUUAUAAUAUUUUGUUAUGUACAUGCUCGGUAUCAUGUACGGUACUUUUAAUCUCCAAACGUUUCUCUCGACCGCUUUCCGAGUUACAUCAGAAGAUCUCCCUAAUCAAUAUGUAGACAUAACGUUAUUCUGUGAUAUUCCAUUGCUGUGGCAAAUAUUUAUCUAUGACGCUGUUAAUUAAGAUAAUAAUGUAAAAUAAAUAACAAUUUCUGAGAGUGUUUCAACAAAAGUUAGUUAAAUUUACUAUAUCUAAUGUACCUCAAUAGAUUUUUGUGUGUUGAAUAGUCAUGUUUAAUGUUAGAUUUCGCUUUCUGACAAAAUAAAAUACACAAGUAGCUAAGUAACAGCAGUAUCUAUUUCGGCUGUGUUAUAAAAUAGCAUCAAAAAUAAUGUUCUUAGUGAAAUAUUAAAUUAUGCAGA